GAAAUACGGCGUCCAUCUUCCUUUUUCUCGAGAUUUCGGAUUGUUGCACGCCGUCAGCAUGUUGAUGCCCAAGAAGAAUCGUCAACUUAUAUACGAAUACCUUUUCAACGAAGGUGUUAUGGUUGCCAAGAAGGAUUUUUUCUCCCCAAAGCACCCGGAUGUGGCAGUCCCUAACCUUCAUGUUAUCAAAGCUCUUACAUCUUUGAAAUCUAGAGGUUACGUGACCGAACAAUUUGCUUGGCGUCACUAUUAUUGGUACCUCACCAACGACGGUGUCCAAUAUUUACGUGAUUAUUUGGGUCUACCACCAGAGAUCGUCCCUGCUACUUUGAAGAGACAAAAUAGACCCGAGACCGCUCGCCCAAGACCGAAACCAGAAGCAGCAAGAUCAGGAGCCGCAGCUAGCGCUGAUGCUGAAAGAUCAGCUUACAGAAGAGAUAAGGUCGCUGAAGCCGGCGCUGGAUCUACCCAAGAUUUCCAAUUCAGAGGACGAGGAUCAGGAUUCGGACGCGGUGGUGGACAACCUCAGUAAGAAAUGAUGGUUUAAAAAUAAAUGUUUAUUUGAUGAAUUAGAGAAGUUGUUCGUUUUCGCGAUAGGAAGUGUUAACUUAAGACAGUCGAAGAAAAACAAUUAGCAUAUCCACAAAUGAGGACUUUAGCGGGGCUAGUCAUUUAUAUAUUUAGCCUUUUCCAUUUAAAUAUUUGAAGUAGAAAUCUCAUUAUAUCCUACAAGUUACCAACAACAGACGUACUAAUAGACAUAUUGAUAAAACAAUGCCCCUGUAAAAGUUGAUGUUCAAUAAGAAAUAUAAAUUGCGAUUACAUUUUUAUUGAAUAAUGAUGUAGAUAAUAAAAUAAUGACUUGUACUUAAAAAGUAAGCCUAAAAAUGUAAGAAUAAAACCAUCGGCAAGAUUCCGUUUUUUGCCAAAGGCAGUUUGAUUUCCGGAAUUCGAAAGACCUCGAUAGUAUGUCACUUUUACAUUUCAGCUUUUAAGUAAUGACCAUUGAAUUUGUUCUUUCGCAUUUUUCAACACUUGACCUAAAGUUUGUUCGCUCAGUGGAAUUUCAUCACCUCGAACUAAACAUCUCUCAACUAUGGCCCGAGGAUUGCUUUCCAAAAUUAUGCUGAAACAUAUAAGCAAUUAGAGAAUUCAUACCCUACAAAAGUAAUUGUAAACUAUAAACUCACCCCUGAUCGCAAAUCUCAUCGAGGAUUAAAAACACUUGAUCUAAAUUAUCCAAAAGCUCAGUUUUUUCUACAUUCUUUCUUAGAAUAUAACUAACUGAUUCAUAAAAUGUAGAUAAAACGUGUGAUAAAAUCAACUCAUUCUCGCUUGAACCUCCAACAACAUAAAAAAAGAGAUCAACAUUAUUCCUGUAAACAGCAGUCAGUUGAUCUAGAAUUGUAAUGUCAGAAUUGGCUUUAUGUGUUUUUGAGAAGAGCUUAGUUUCCCACUGCUUUUGCUCUUUUAUAGACGGGAAUGUAUCAUCAUAAUACUGAAAAAAAAGAAGUUGACUUUAAUGAUAUCAAACAACCUUUGAGAUUUAGCAUUAGCAAGAGGUAGUUAAUAUAUCUAAAGAUUACAAAAAGACGAAAGCUUUGUUUUUUUAAAUAAAUACAUAUUUUGAAACUCUAUUCUUCGAAUAAAAAGAUUAAAUUAAUUAAA